AUGGACCAAGAACGCUCCAAUGGGUUUCGGCGAAACUCAACCCAUCAAGGGAUUUAUAGUCGUCCCGUUGAGCGACGACCAAGUAAAAAGUCAUCAUCCAAAGACCGUCACGGGAUGGUCUAUCCGGAUAGUUUUCAACAGACGACUAUCAGGACUGUAACACCAGAUUCGGUCUCCGACACCGGCAAUCACUCGUCCUUGUCAGAACCCGACCAACUAUCUACCAGCGCCGCUGCUUCUCCCCGCUCGACUGUCCGAUCGAAGAACGUUGAAUGGGACCGCCGGCGGGAAUUUAGCCCAUAUCACUCUGCCGGCGAUGAAGAUGAUCUACCACCCGAGGCAAAAGGACAACGCGUCCGGUCGAGGACGACUACCUUGGAUGAACAGAGGAGCGAGAUAUCCCCCAACUUUCUGUCGCGAACUAGAAACCGCCUCAACUCCAUUAACACAUCAACAACACCCCUCAAUACUAAAGUAUCGGAGGAAUCAGUAGGGUCAAUAGGCUAUCCUUCCAUCAUCCAAUCGCCAACCUAUUCAGGUCCACCUGGUGGUCGACAACGCUUGACUAGAGCCGCUGCCCCAGGCGGUGCUGGGCUGAUCACGGGAGUAUCUAAAAAUCCGGCCGCCUUUUUGUCCCCUCUGUCUAAUGCCGACUCAACCAAGAUACUCCAGUUGAUGAAGUCAACAUGUGGAAGGAUGCACGGCAUUCUUUCCUUUAGAACUGCCACAAACGCGCAAUGGACGUCCGGUUACUGCGCAAUCAAUGUGGCGACAGGUAGCUUGAUAUACCAAGCUAAAGGAGAAGUCGCCCUGGCGAAAACUCUUAUUCCCGACCUCCGUGGAUGCCAUGUUCGCACUCUUUUCGACACUGAUCUUCAAUCGACGUAUUUAAGUGUCUCAACGUUUACGUCUGGUCUAGGUAUCCAGCUCAAACCUCACGUCAACGAGACUUUCGACUCCUGGCUUGCAGCACUGUUGUGUUGGCAGCCAAUUCGCCCCAAAGGUGUGCAGAAUAAAAGAACAAAGCCUCAGUCGGUGACGAUUGGCGAUCGGCGUCUUGUUGAUCGCCGGAGAAAUUCCGAGAGUGCUGUGCAGAAGGAUGCUGCUAUUAUCAAGGUUGGAAAGAUGCUAUUAUGGGAAAAGCCUAGCGUCUCUGGUGCACGCCCGGAACCCGCAUGGAAGGUGUCGACAUAUCGGCAGCAAAAAUUACACUCCCCAGCAUGGCAAAGAGUGAGCUGUACGUUGCAGGAGAAUGGUUAUUUCAAAUUGUACACGGAAACUGACGCGAACGUUCUCGCCGUAAUCCAACUAUCGCAAUUGUCCCGUUGCUCGGUGCAACAGCUUGAUGCGUCGGUCUUGGGUGACGAGUACUGCAUUGCGAUUUACCCUCAAUAUGCUGCAAUAUCUGUAUCAGAGUCUGCUUCGCGUCCUAUUUUCCUCUCCCUAGAAAGCCGGGUACUCUUUGAGGUGUGGUUUGUAUUACUACGAGCCUUCACCAUUCCCGAGCUAUAUGGACCUGAAAAUGCAAUUUCCGAUGACCCAAGCCGUCCACAAUACCCAGUGAACCCACUCCCAACCUCAACCUCAACAACAGAUAUGUUUCGAAUCGAAAGAUUAUUGUCAGUACGAAUCACCGAGGCUAGACUGACGAAUGCUAGCAACAAAGAGAAAGAGCCAUCAAUAAGUAAAGCUCAGUCCAAAUCCGCCGAAAAGAGCGCCCCCAGUGAUUAUUAUGCCGAGGUCCUUCUGGAUGGAGAAAUCAGGGCUAAAACAGCAGUGAAGGAGAAGACCUCUACUCCUUUCUGGAGGGAAGACUUUACUUUUAACGAUUUGCCCCCGAUCCUUUCCAAUGUCUCCGUUCUACUGAAGACGCUUAAUCCCGUACAAAAGGAUUGGACACUCAUUGCUCAUGGACCCUAUACAUUGGAUGCUCAACUAAACCCUAUGUCUAUUCUGGAUGAUCUUGAGGUAGCGUCACAUGAUGCUACAUGCGGACGGGUUGACCUCCGGCUAGAUGAACUUGAAUCAGGAGUUGACCAUGAAAAAUGGUGGCCUAUCAUUGACGACAGGGACCAACAAGUUGGAGAAAUGUACAUGAAGGUCCAAUUAGACGAGACAAUCGUUUUAAUGUCGCAUGAAUAUGAGCCUAUGUCCGAGCUCCUUCACGCAUUUCCAAAUAACCUGACGAUAAACAUGGUACAUGUUUUGCCAACAGAACUCAGCAGACUUUCUGAGCUCUUACUCAACAUCUUCCAGGUAUCAGGACAGGCUCCAGAGUGGAUAGCGGCUCUAGUCGAGGAUGAAAUCGACGGUUUCGGCAAAGACCAAACUACCAAUGUCCAUCAUAGAUUUAGGUACACCGCAAGACUACACUCCAACGAUUCAAAGGAGUCUGGGCAUGAUCGGGAGGUAAUCGUGAGAGAUCUUGGACGUUCAGCGACCAUCGAAGCCAAUUUACUCUUCAGAGGCAACUCUUUACUAACCAAAGCUCUUGAUAUGCAUAUGAGACGUCUUGGAAAGGAAUACCUGGAGGAAACUAUUGGAGAGCGAGUUCGUGAUCUAGAUGAAAGUGAUCCUGACUGUGAAGUUGAUCCCAUGCGCACACGACCUGAAGACUUGGAUCGCAAUUGGAGAAAUCUUAUCGGUCUAACUAGCCUUUUCUGGAAAUCCAUUGCUGGAUCUGCUUCUAGGUGUCCCUCUGAACUUCGGCGUAUCUUCAGACACGUUAGAGCCUGUGCCGAGGAUCGCUAUGGCGACUUUUUGCGCUCCGUCACUUACAGCAGUGUAUCAGGUUUUCUAUUCCUGCGGUUUUUCUGUCCUGCAAUUCUAAAUCCCAAGUUAUUCGGUUUGAUGAAAGAACAUCCACGUCCUCGCGCUCAACGUACUUUGACUCUUAUCGCCAAGGCUCUGCAAGGCCUCGCAAAUAUGACUACUUUCGGUGGCAAAGAGCCAUGGAUGGAGCCCAUGAACAAAUUCCUUCUCAUGAAUCGCUCAGCUUUCAAGGAAUUCGUAGAUACGAUUUGCUCCAUUCCAGCCGAACGACCCGCACAAAUAGUCACGCCUCAAUAUGCCACACCAAUACAAAUUCUGGGGCGAUUACCUGUGACAUCUAGAGAAGGAUUUCCUAGUCUACCUUUCCUUAUCGAUCAUGCGAGGAGUUUUGCCGCGCUUAUCAAACUUUGGUUACGAAGUGCUCCAAGCAGGCUAAACGAAUUGGAAGAGCUGGAUCCAAAUAUUGCUAGGUUCAACACUCUAGCGCUAGAACUCCAGCAACGGACGAGAGAGUGUUUUGGUAAGGCUGAGCAGGCUGAACGACCCAACGGAACCCUUGAAGUCAAAUGGGAGGAACUUGUUGAAUCGAUGGAUCGGUCAACUUCAUUUUACGAUGAUGAUUCCAAACCAACUACUCCUGCCACGGAGACACCACUCACUGCCUCUGCUGUUGUCUCGAGCCAUCGCAACUCUGUUGGUUACUUUGCGACAAGGCCUGUUUUGCCACGCAGGUCGACCGAUACCGGUGGAGAAGACGACGAGGAUACCCCUCCCAGUUCUUCCUCAGCGACGUGGGAACAACAGCGUCUACCAUUCACAUUAGCAAAGCCGUCAGAUUUACGUGAGAGUGCCGCGAAUUCUCAGAACUCAUCACAGUACUCACUCGACGAACCAGAACACGCCAGAAGUAGACAAUCAACAAUUGGACGAGAAACAUCAAGCAAACUACGACUUUUGGACUUUGUGCCAGGGCCGUCAAGACGCAAGAAUAAAGAUUAA